AUGGCUUCUGUAAAGAAAUCGUCGUCGUCAACCUCUGUUCUUUGUGUACUUGAACAAAGAAAAUUGUUCGAUUAUUUACCUGAAACUCUCCUUCGCAAGAGCUGCAAAACAAACCUCUUAUUCGUCUUUCUUUCGCUUCUUUUCUUCACUUUCUUCUUUUCUUAUUUCGUGUCCCGCACUGUAAUCUCGCCACCCGACUUCGCCUUCCUUCCCGCAAACAUCUCCGUGCCAUCACCAGACAACUCAAGUGCCAACUUUUCCAAUAACGUUUUAAGGGAACAAGUGAAUAAGGUCUCUCGACACACUCGUCACGUGUCCUCCAUUCAAGAUUCUGAUAAAUUGAAGUCCGCUUCCGUUCUUUUUCCGGAUUGGGAGGUUCUUGCAAUCGUCUCGCCCGAGACACUGUCCGAUUCUGUGGACGGUUUGUAUUGUUUUUUUUCAACCAAAGAAAUUUCUAAGGCUAGAUUUUCGGGGGUUUUGCCGUUUACGAAUCUCACGACGUUUAAAUGUAAUAUGCCAAAAAGAUUUCGCCGUCAACGGCCGUUCUUUCAACCGGUUUUGACGAAACAUCCAGAGAAAGAAGAAGAAUCUCUCAUUAGAGAAGCCUCCGCCAAGGAGCUCAUCAGAACCAACUUCUACGUGUACGAGGCGCUUUCAACGGAGAACGACGUCGCUUUGUUCGCUAAAGGCGUGAACAGACAUCAAGGAUUCAGCAGACCUCCUCAAGAGUUAAAGUGCGUAUUUGGUGAUGAUAAUGAUGCUGAAACCGCCGUUAGAACUCCCGUAACCAGCUCAUCACAAGAGGUCUUCAGGUGUGCUCAACCGGACUUAACGGCGUUUACUUCUAACAAGCCAAUCAAAGUCUCCAUAGAAAUCACGAAUGACAAUCUGAUCGUGCCUUCCGUGGCGUACUACACGCCCCGGCGCAAGAUAGCGGAUACCUCUGAGAAGAAGUCGCUAUUGUGCGCAUCUACGAUGGUGUACAACGUGGGCAAGUACUUAAAAGAAUGGGUGAUGUAUCAUUCAAGAAUCGGAGUGGAAAAGUUUAUAUUAUACGACAAUGAGAGCGACGACAAUUUAGAAAGUGUUGUUAAGGAACUUAAUGAUGAAGGUUACAACGUGACGACAUUUUUAUGGCUUUGGCCGAAGACUCAAGAAGCUGGCUUCUCUCACAAUGCAUUAUACGCUAAGGAUUCUUGCAAAUGGAUGAUGUACUUCGAUGUAGACGAGUUCCUCUUUUCUCCGUCGUGGGACAAAGAGUCACAACCGUCAGAUCAUCUGUUGAAAUCUUUGUUACCGAAAAAACCAUCGAUCGGUCAAGUUUCGUUCAGGUGCAAUGAUUUUGGUCCGUCGGGUCAAACUUCACACCCCGUGGAAGGAGUAACGCAAGGGUAUAAUUGUUACAGAAGAGUUGAACAGCAACGGCACAAGUCUAUUGUUUUGUUAGAUGCAAUUGAUGAUUCAUUGAAUAAUGUGAUUCACCAUUUCGGGUUGAAGAAGAUGUUUAAAUGGAAGCAAAUGGAUACGGGAUUAGCAGUGGUGAACCAUUACAAGUACCAAGCAUGGUCAGAGUUCAAGAGCAAGUUCCGAAGAAGGGUUUCGGCUUAUGUUGUGGAUUGGAAAGACACUGUGAAUCUGCGGUCAAAGGACCGAACGCCGGGAUUAGGGGUGGAGCCGGUUGAGCCAAAAGGGUGGAGCCAGAUGUUCUGUGACGUGAAAGAUGAUCGGUUGAAGUUGUUGAACCAAAGAUGGUUCGGGAGUCAAACAGCAAAAGGGUUGAAAAUGGCUUGGGAAAGAUGA